AUGCGGUGUUCUGCUGUGUUCCUCGUGGGCGUGGCGCUGGCCGCGCUUUGCUGCCUGAGCAGCAACGCCUCCGCGCAAUCCUACAGCCAGUUCACAAUCUGCAGCUCGUCCAGCCGGUCUGUCUCGUACGACUCGUUCAGCUCUGCCUCAGCAGCCAAUGAGAUUAUCAGCCACGCUGGCGUUGGGAGUCACGCCCAUUCUGAGCCCCUGUCAUGUACGACUCGGCUCUACAGCAGCGGCAGUGCUUCCUCCGUGGCUGUGGUGCUGGCCGCCAUUGACAUCGCCAGCGCAUCCAUGCAAGUGAGCGUCGGGUCCCAGAGCUCAGAGUUCAUGAACAUCGACCAAGUUUACGAGGGAUCAUCCAUCACCCUCACCUACACUGGAUCUGCGGGAAGCGGCGGGUUCCGCGCGUCUGUGUUUGGCGUGCCGGCAUCGCCCGAUACCAACCUCAUCUGCAGCCAAUCCUCUCUGUCCAGAACUGCAGCCGGGCAGCUCCUGAGCCACGCCGAAGCUGGUAUCUCCGGCUACAGCAACAACGUUGACUGCACUACACUCCUGCCAUAUGCAUCCGGAUACAAGCUCAUCGGACACUUUGUGCACUAUUCGCUCGAGUCGUGCUGCGACCGCGUGUAUGUUGGCGCCGACCAGGUCAGCGAUUCAACUGACAUCGUCGUCGACUCGGCCGAGAGCAUGCGCUUUCGCACCGAUGGCUCCGUAACCAGCACCGGGUUUGUCUUCCGCUACUUCCUCGUCCACACCUCCGAGCUGCCAUCAUCAAACGUGGAGUACACCACGCACAGCAUCUGCGACGGCGGCACGCUCACCAACAUGUAUGGCCAGAUUGUGAGCCAAUUUGGUUCCUCCUACGACAACAACAUCGACUGCACCGUCUACAUCUCCGCCCCUUCAGGAUACUCCAUCGCCAUCGAAACAUCGUCGUAUGAAGUUGAGUCGUGCUGCGAUCGUCUCACCAUCACCAUCGAGGGCGGCUCCACCACGUACACCUCCUUCUACGCUGGCUUCGCCACCACCAUCGCCUCCAACUACGUCUCCAUCAACUUUGACACAGACGGCAGCGUCACCCGGAGCGGGUUUGUCAUCAACUACCAGCUCGUCUCCAGCGCGGGCUCCACCGUCGACUGGUCCGAGUUUGAUGGUGCGCGCACGUCAGAGCCGGCAACCACAACCACGACCCUGCCCAUCCCCAUCUCCGAUGAGCGGUACACGGUCUGCUCCACGUCAAGCAUCACGGGCGCGGCCGCUGGCGUCAUCUUCAGCCACAGGAACUACGGCAGCAACAACUACGACGACAACCUCAACUGCGCCGUGGUCCUGUACCCGCUCAACAACGACGAGUUUGUGCACAUUUACGUGGACAGCCUCGACCUGGAGUCGUAUGACCGCGUCAAUGUCAUCACGGAGACCAGCAGCAUGCAGCUCACAUCAAGCGGGCAGUCGUUCAUCGGCGGAAUUGGCGAGAGCGUUCGCAUCACGUUCACAUCAGACUCAUCCCCCUGGGAGAUUGGGGGUGGGCUGAGCGGGAGGAUGUCAAACUCCAGCGUGGCAGUGUCAAACACCAGCACAGAUGCAGCCGAGAAUGCGAUGCCGUACAUUUUGCCGUUGCUUGCAAGCACAGCGCUUGUCCACUUGCAGCAAGGACUGACUCCAGGCCUGUCGUGCGUCGCGAUGUCUAGGGUCGACUCAUGA